AUGUCCAAGUCGGCUUCAACCACAGCAAGCGCACGGGAGGCACGAUUGCAGUUAGAGAUGCUGCAGCUAGAGGAGGAGAAACGUGUCCACGAAAUGCUGAUGGUGCAACGGGCAGAAGCGGAGAAGCAGCUUCAGGAGCGAGCCAUGCAGCUCGAACGGGAAAGGAGCGAGAAAGCGAUCGCCGAAAAGAUCGAACUGGAGAAGGUCUACAUCACUCGCAAAUACGAUUUGCUACGUGCACAAGUGGAGGAAAGCGAAGACGGAAGGAGUGUGCGGAGUCGGCGGAGCAGCGUCAAAAGCAUCGAAAAGGUGCAGAGAUGGAUAGACAAGCACCCAGUGACCCUGACUUCCAAUUCUGGGGAUCGUACCCCCACUGGAACCACGUCACAGCAGGGUAUUUCAUCCAACCAGCUGCAGCCACCAAUUACAACACUACCAAGCACGUCCGGAUUGCAAAACCACCAAUCUGCAGCAGCGAUCAAUUCCGAUGCGUCCAAAGACCAAUCCAGCGGUGCAGCAGGUCUACCUUCCAGUGGUUUGGGUGUACCGAGUGAGAUUUCGCCGUUAGGUCCAACAACGGGAGCCGCAAAUUUGCUUCCAGCGUAUCAUUCUACCCCACUCGCCCCGCCAGCAGCUACCAGUCAACCGGCGGUGAACGAUGUCGUCCGUGAUGAUCAACUCAACCGCACAUAUUCGGCGCCGCUGAACCACCUCGUCAGCACAGGCAAGGGACUGGAGGCCGCAAAGAUGGCCAGUUCGGUAUCUCUUCAAGUCCCAGCGGCCAGUAGUGCGAUGCAUGGCUCUGCAGUGGCCAGCGCGGCAUCAGUGAAUAUCCCGGCGGCGAUCAACGCGAGACUAGUGAAUCCGUAUGAAGCUAUCAAUUACCCAGCGCACCAGCAGGGAAUGGGAUUUAACCCAGUACCAGCUCCAAGUUGUGGGGCACAAGCGGUCAACUUCAACACUCCAACAGCUCAGCAACUGGCAGCCCGACACGUCGUCCCGAAGGAACUUCCUCAAUUUUCGGGAAACCCCGCGGAGUGGCCGCUAUUUUGGAGUUGUUAUGAGACUUCGACGAACAUCUGCGGCUACAGUGAAGCUGAAAAUCUCAUGCGGCUUCAACGUUGCCUGAAAGGGGAAGCUAGGAAAGCUGUCAAUUGUUUUCUGCUUCACCCGAUGAACGUUCCGGAAAUAAUUCGCACGUUAAGUACGUUGUACGGUCGACCUGAAUCCAUCAUUGGAACUCUGCUGGCAGAAGUGCGAGCUGCGCCGGCCCCACGUUCCGAAAAGUUGGAGAGCGUCAUCAAUUUCGGAUUGGUAGUUCGCAAUCUCUGUGCUCACUUGGUCGCCACCGGUCAAGAGAUGCAUUUGGCCAACCCUAUGUUAGUCAACGAGUUGGUUGACAAACUCCCAGCCAACAUAAAAUUGGACUGGGCGCUGUAUACGCAACGAGCGGCCCGAGCUGAUCUGAGAACAUUCUCGGAUUACAUGAAUGUUAUCGUCGACGCAGCGAGUAGAGUGGCGCCGGUGAUGGACAAACCGAGGGGAAAAGCAGUCAUAAAUACCCACGCGUCGACUGAUCAUGGCGGUAGGAGUCAAGGAGACUACAAACCAGCAGCAACCAGACCGGAUUACAGUAAGCAUCAACCCGGUGCUGGUGAACGGCCUUGCAUGGUCUGCAAGACAAGUGGACACAAACCGAAGGACUGCUCAUCGUUCAAAUCCAAAUCGCUGGAAAAUCGUUGGAAGAUCGCACAGGAGUUACACCUUUGUAGAAGAUGUCUCUAUCCGCACGGAAAGUGGCCCUGCAAGGCACCAAUGUGUGGGACAGACGGCUGUGGACAACGGCAUCAUAGACUUCUUCAUCCCGGCAAUCCAGAGGAAGAACGACAGCCUGCUGCAACGUCUAAUUCAGUAUCACGAGUAGUCAACGUACACCAACACUGCCACAGCAAGGUUCUGUUCCGAAUCGUCCCAGUGGAGUUACACGCCAACGGGAGAUCCGUCCAAACGUUUGCCUUCCUCGAUGGUGGGUCCGACACAACAUUGGUGGAGAAGUCACUGGUUGAACAGCUCGCCCUACAUGGACCUGUAUCACCACUGUGCAUGCAGUGGACUAAUGGAGUCAAGAGAAUGGAGGAAGAUUCGAUGAAAGUGCAGAUCCAGAUUUCCGGUGUGGGACAACGCAAACAGUUCCAACUGAGAGGUGUGCAGACCGUGGAGAGUUUGGAUCUUCCUCGGCAGUCAGUUCACUUCAAAGAACUAGAGGAUCGCUUCGCUUAUCUACGAGGACUUCCUGUUCUGAGCUACGACAAUGUCGUUCCAGGUAUUUUGAUCGGUCUGGAUAACACCAGUGUGAAGAACUCGCUCAAACAACGCGAAGGGAAGGAAGGCGAACCCGUAGCCACCAAAACCAGGUUAGGAUGGGUGGUGUAUGGUUGUACUGGACCAACGGAUCAAGUUACUUCACACCGGGUACUCCAUGUUUGCACUCGUAGCCACGACGACGAUCUUGAUGGCUUGAUCAAGCAGUUCUUUUCGACGGAGAGCGUAGGCGUGUCUGUUGUGAAACCGGUAGAAUCGGCAGACGAUCAACGGGCACGAAAAAUUCUGGAAGCGACAACGGUACGGACUCCUUCCGGUCGAUACCAGACCGGCCUGCUUUGGAAGUACGACGACUUCGUAUUUCCCAACAGCCGUCCGAUGGCUGAGCGGCGCCUGAAAUGUCUUGAACGUCGCCUGUCCAAGUCACCGGAGCUCUACACCAAGAUGAGGAAGCAGAUAGCUGAUUACCAAACGAAAGGCUACGCACAUCGAGCUUCGCAGCGAGAAUUGGAAGAGUCGGACCCUAAUCGCAUCUGGUAUUUGCCCUUGGGUAUCGUUGUGAAUCCCCGGAAGCCAGAGAAGUUGCGAAUCAUCUGGGAUGCGGCAGCUGUCGUGCAAGGAGUAUCGUUCAACUCGGCUCUACUGAAAGGUCCAGAUUUGUUGGUGCCUCUUCAAGCGGUGCUCUGCCGCUACCGUCAGAAGGAAAUUGCGAUUAGCGCCGAUAUUAUGGAAAUGUUCCAUCAGGUGGAGGUGAGGCCCGAGGAUCGACAAGCACAGAGGUUUCUGUGGCGUGACAAACCGGAGGACCCAAUACAAGUGUUUGUGAUGGACGUGGUCAUAUUCGGUUCAACUUGCUCACCAUGCUCUACACAAUUUGCCAAAAAUAUAAACGCAAUGGAACAUUCGAUGGAACUCCCAGAAGCAGCUGCGGCAAUAAUAAAGAACCACUACGUCGACGACUAUCUGGAUAGCGUCGACAGCGUCGACGAAGCGGUUCAGCUAGCAUCGGAUGUACGAACAGUGCACGCUCGAGGAGGCUUCCAGAUACGACAUUGGAUGUCCAACUCACCCGAAGUGUUGAGGCGCAUCGGAGAGCGAAAUUCGCAAGAAGUUAAAUGCUUUGUGGUGGACAAGGACAGUCAGCAAGAACGCAUCCUGGGAAUGGUCUGGCUACCCAGCGAAGACGUGUUUUCUUAUACGACCAGCUUCCGAAGAGAUUUGGAGCGCCUGUUCGACCAAGCGGUUACUCCCACCAAACGAGAGGUGUUAAGGUCUGAGGUCACGCUUCUCACGGGAGAGAGGAUUUUAUAA